AAAUGUUUACAAUAGAUAUAGUAGGAUUUCCAAAAAUCAAGGGGUGGUACUUUCGGUUUCGUUUCUGGCAGGAAAUUUAUUGCAGUACGAGUAAUGGCUACCGCCGACAUUCAAGAAUCGGACGCAGGUCGUCCAUGGGAAUAUAAGAGCCAACCAAAAGACCACCCCCUGGUGAAAGAGCUCUUCAGCAGGCACCAUGAUUACCCAGAAAUGCCUGUGCCGUUUUCCGUGGGACUGGUUUCCAUGGAUACCAGUGGUGCCUCAAGUGACCUGAAGACAGAAGAAACCAAUAUCGAUAUAUCCCCACAAAAAUUUACAUUGUCUGGAAAUGUUCAUAGCGUGGAAGACAUUAGAUAUGUGAUUCCUUCUGUAUUGGACAAUGCUAUGUACAUUGUAAUUUCUGUUUACAAUAACCUCGAAGGGACACCAACCACUUUAUUUUAUACCAUUAAAACUUUGGACGGAUAUCAGGCAGUGUCAAUAACAAAUCUUAUCAGGAAAUCUGUCUUUGAUAAAUUCAUCUCCGUCACUCUUUGUGGUUCGGAUUUGGCGGCCAGGGCUGUGAAUUUCAAUCGGCCUUUAUUUAGCGAUGACGUAUAUUGUUCUGUGACGUCAGAUGAGGAUUACAAAACAUAUUACGUUCGUAUAGACAAGGAAUGCAUGUGUUUUUUCACCGACCAGUUUCAGCGGUCGCCGAUCCUGACUCUCUUGUUUUGGAAGGAAAGCGAUGACUUUGUUGUAGAGCGUGUCUGCAUGACUAAUAAUACGAGGGAGAUUAAACUGGAAUGCACGGGCGCUACAGUUAAAGUCAAAGACCAAAGAAACGUCGACGAAAUAAGAAGUGUAAUAGCUAAUAAUUCAUCGAGGCCAAAAUUGGUAUUCCAUGACUACCAAGCUCUCCUUGGACAUUUAAGUGGCUCCCGUGAUGAACCUCUCAGUGAAACCCGUGGUGGGCCUCACAGUGUACAGACCCGAUACAGAACGGAGCACCAGGAAUGGGGACCUUCAACCUUUGAAGGACCCUCCACUUCCGGAUUCUUUCAAGACAAAGACGAAUUUGAAGAAAUCAUAGACUCACUAAGGACAGCCGAAACCCAGUGCUCGCAAAUGGGACCAGAAAUGAGCGAAACGACCAGUCUCAAUUGGAUCGUGGCUGAAUCUGAUAUUCAGCAAAUCCAGGAAGCCGGUCUGUUUCCGGAGAGUGUUCUCCAAAGUGCUGGGUUGGACCCCAAUGAUUCAGCUCAUUUCAGAAGAUGUUUGGAGAGUCUGGAGGAAGAGAUGAUGAAAAAACAGAGAUACGAUGUAGCGCUGUCACACUGUCGAGGCAUGAAGGAGAUUUUUGCAGCAAAUACCACAUCAGGGAGUCUGAGGAGGCUCUUGAAAGAAAGUGACCUUGACAUUUUGAAGAUGGUGUACUUUAGGUCAUGGUUGUAAAUUGUUUAUUACUGGGUUUUACAAUACAUGUACUUUAAUACAUGUAUUGUUCACAGCUUUUUUAAUUGGGCUGUUGUUGUUUUUUUCAUUGAUUUUUCUAAAACACUGAUAAAAUAUAGAGAAUGUAAACAUGUACAUGUAGUACAUAUGUAUUAGCGUAUCAGUUUGUUUGCUCUCUUUCUCUCUCUCUCUCUCUCUCUCUCUCUCUCUCUCUUCGUUCUGAUUUCAUAUCCAUUUUAUUAAAAAUUAUGAAAAAUGAAACUUACUAGAGCUAAUGUUGAAGAUAGCUCACGGCCAGCUUUUUUCGAUACUCUAACCCGAGGUCGUUCAACCAAAGUAAACACCGUGUAAUCAUCAAUACGAUAUUUUAUACCUAGUCAAUGAUUUUCUGAAAGAAUUGAAGGGACCUAUGAAAAAUAUCCUUUUUGAUAUGUGAUAUGUCACCAACUAUUUAACAAUAUCAGCACUAAAUAAACGGCUUUGAAAUUGUUUCUAUCAAAUACAAAUCCAGUGCGACAGUAUAUAUAUAUUUGCUUUGCUUUACAUUAUGUUGAGUUUCAUUUAUUUUGUAUUGUGAGGUGACUUGGUAUGAAAAAAGUAUUUGUUAUUUGUUAUUGGUGUGUCAGUUAAUUUAACUAUGCUCCAGAUUGACCAAGGUACGUUAUCGAAACGUCGGAGAAUAACUGUAUGAUGGCCUUGCAUAUUUAGAUUACAUUAUAAUGAGUUUGAAUGCAGGCUUCUACGUGUAUAUCAACAUUUUAAUUUUCAACGAGCGCUGAUUCCGAUCAAUGCAUAAUGCCGUUGUAAUUUGUUUUAUUUGUUUGUUAACACGAAUCCUUUCCUUUAUUUGUUGCAUCCAUAUGUACUUUAGUAAAUAAAGAUAUUUAUCACGUGAAGUACCACAGAAUUUGGUAUUGCUUAAUUCACUGUCAUUUCAAAUGUAAAACUUGAAAUGGACUGGACUUAAUUUCAUUUCUCACCCGUUGACAAAAAUUUCCUGCGCAAUUCUAGAGGGUCGGGGGGAGGGUUCCAGACCGCCGCUCCUCUGGAAAUAAUUAUGUUUAAACACCCCCCCCCCCCCCCGGGAAUAAUUUUCCAGAUCCGCGCCAGCUACCAUCAGUACUAAACUGUUCUUCCAUCCACAUAGUUCUGUUCUGGUUAACUUCCGCCGUGGGAAUUCCAACCUCAUCAAGGCUCCCUGGUUUCCAAGUUCCGAUGAUUUUUGGCGUGCAUUUAGUUUUUUAAUUUUUGUAGAAAAAAAACCCAGAUAUACAUGCAGCUUCAGUUUGUAAACAAGUGCUUAUCUGUCAGUGUGAAAGCAACCGGGGGUUUUUGUGAACAUUAUCCAUAUUCCAUUUUCAACCUGAUUUGAUAAACACUGCAUUGUAACACAGCACAAAAGAAACGGAGUACUACGUUCAACUAAUUUUAAUAAAGUACAAGACAAAUAACAAAGUCAACAUUAUCAAUAUUAUUAAGAAUAUGUCCAAGUUUUUAAAACGUCACUGUAAAGAGUUUGUCCUUGGAAUGAGAAUUAAUCAAAUGAAUAUAGAAAAUAACUGUCUGGACGUUUUUGGCCACGGAGAUAGUAGGGAGUCUCUUCAAAGGGGAACCUUCCUCACUGGUGGUGUGUUGAGGACUGAUCUCUUCUGACCAAGUCCAGGUAUUAUAAUCGUCCGAGGCAAUAUUUUGUCGUAUAGUAGUUGACAGGUGAAUGUCUCAAGAUGGAUGGAAAAUCAAUUAUUACUCUGAUAGUCCUAGCAUAGAGUUCCACAAAGUCGAUGACCAAAUUGAUACUGAUAAUGAACCUAGCAUCAGAGGUCCAGUUAUAAUCUCCUACCGUCAGGUGUAAAUUAAUAUCCGUCCAAGAUAGCAAAAAUAGAUGAAUGAGAGUAAACAAGGUUUAUAAUAGCACAAUUUGGUAUAGCUAAUUGUUACAGCAUAUAUCCAGAGAAAUGAGAUACCGUAUAUAUGCGACAUUCUGCGAGAAAAUGACGAAGUUCAACUGCUGGUAUUUUUUCAAUGAAUAAUCCAAAAUCAAACUCAAAAUAAAAUGCACAUCGGUGAUAUAUGUACAAUUGAUCUGCAAAACAACAACUUCCUACCAUGAAAACUGUAGGAGGAGUUAUCCGUACAAUAGGGAUACCCUAGCUUUUGGCAGCCGCCCGCCAUUUUCACCACCUAAAUAACCGGAUUUUUUUUUUGGAAAUCUCGGUAAAAAAGGGAGACUGUAGAAAAAAAAUUAAUUUUUGAAUGUUAAGCAUAAAUUUAAAAUGUGUAUUUUUCUUGAAAUAAAAAUUUUUAGACCGUGAACAAUAAAUAUAUUAUGUUUAAAUUAUUCUAACCUACCUAUCAUCAAAUUUUGUUUAUUAACUUCAAGACUUCACUUAUAUAUCUUCAUUUCAAUGAGGAAAAAACAAUUAUCAACAUAUACAGUGUGAAGGAGCAGAAUAAAUUAAAACCGUUUUUAUGUGUAGAUUUAAAGUUAAACCAACGACAAAUUAAUUUUAAAAAAUGUAUUAUUGGAAUCACACACACACACACACACACACACACACACAGAAAAAAACCUUAAAAUAAACCACCCCCGAUCUCUGGAUCCGCCAAGUCAUUGUACCUGUUGAAUGGCCAUAAAUGGACGCAGUGACGUAGGCCUAAUGAUUAAUGUAAUAUACAAGAUACACUAAUAUAUGAAUGCCCUACGGACAGAGUACAAUGAUUGUUUGAGAGAACAUUUGACCGAUAUAUCCGUACUCUUAGAACACAUGAGCGGUUGCAUUUUAUAAAACUGCCAUUGAUAAUUCCUUUAGCAGAUUGGAUAUAUAUUUGUAUUAUUAAACUGUGAUUUUAGACGACUUCAGAUACCACUGCACUGUACAAGACGAUACGAUGUAGCGCUGUCGCGCUGCCGAGGCAUGAAGGAGAUUUUUGCAGCAAAUACCACAUCAUUAGGUCUAUGGAGGCUCAGAAAAUGACCUUGACAUUUUGAAGAUGGUGUACUUUAGGUCAUGGCUGUGAAUUGUUUAUUACUGGAGUUUACAAUAAUGGGCGAUUAAAUGGUUCACAGUUUAUUAUUUUUUUUUCAUUGGGCUUCUCAACGAGCGCCGGUGUAAUCUGUUUUAUUUGUAUGUUAACAUGAAUCUUUUCUUUUAUAUGUUGUAUGUACACAUGUAUUAACAUUUCAAUUUUGUACUUGGUAAAGAUAAAAAAUAUCUUGUGAA